AAUCCUUCAGAGACCAGAGUCCUCUGGACCUCCAUCCAGCUGUGUGUCCUUCAAAAGUGACCAGUCUAAGGAAGAUAUUAUUAACUUUAAAGGAGAACCAGGUCCUGCUGCAGAGAGGGUCGCGGGGGGUGCUGGAGCCUAUCCCAGCUGACUCAGGCGAAGGCAGGGGACACCCUGGACAGGUCGCCAGUCUGUCACAUGGCUACAUAUACAGACAAACAAUCACACUCACACCUACGGACAAUUUAGAGUUACCAAUUAACCUCAGCAUAUUUUUGGACUGUGGGAGGAAGCUGGAGUACCCGGAGAAAACCCACACAUGCACAGGGAGAACAUGCAAACUCCAUGCAGAUAGAGCCUGGGCUCAGGCCGGGACUCGAAUCAGGGAUCUUAUUGCUGCAAGGUGAACGUGCUAACCACUUACUCCACUGUGCAGCCCUGCAACAUAUAUGCAUGGCUCAAAGUAUUCUGGCACUGUGCCAGAUUUCCGGCAUGUGGCGCCUGUGCUUGGCUCAUACAAAAAAAGAUAGGACUACGUUGCCAAUUGUGUUCAUCUAGAAUAGAAUAGAAUAGAAUAGAAUAGCCGACAUACACUAGUUGGUGCACAUUAUGACUGAAAUUUCAAUGCAAAAAGCUCACCAUUGGACUCAUAAAAAAACAAAACAAUAAAUGAUUCUAAAUUUUUAAAAAAAAUCAAUAUAUACAUGUAAGUAUAUAAAUAAUAUAUGCAUGUGUGUGUAUAUGUGUACAUAUACACUGACAGUCACUAAAAACUUUGAGACCAUAUUUUUCAACAUAAUUUUUAUUUUGAACCCCAAAACUGGAUUUUCUUCAUAUGAAUCAUUUGUUUAGCAUAUUGGCAGACAGAAACAAAAAUCUAAAGUUUCAAGAAUGAUUUCAAAAUAAAGAAUUUCACAAAAGAAAACGGCACCUGCCAAACACAAAGUCACAACAGUCAAUACCGAGUAUGGCCUCCAUUUGCUUCGAAGCAGGCAGCAAUCCGUCGGCGCAUGCUUUGGACCAGGCUUCUGAUUGUGGGUUGGGAACAGCCCAUACGCCUGGCUACAUCACUGUAGCUCAAACCGGCCUCCACCAUACCCAGUGCCCAGAGACGUUGUUCAUGUGAUAGACACGGCAUGAUGCUGUUUACUGGACUAACAAUGGUGGACUUUUUUGGGCCUUUAUAUAGGCCUUCAAAACCCAUUCUCAAAUUGUGCAGAUACUCACUGAGUAUUGCUUGGUGUGUAUUUGGUUCACUUUUGCAAAGUGACCAACCCAUGUGCAAUGAAUCAUGACAAAAUGACAACUCAUCAUUAUCUCAACUACCAGGGCACUAGAUCAUCAGUAAAUCCACAAUGAAUAAUUACAACUCCCCUAGAAGUAGAAUUCUGCGUACAUUUCUACCUCAAAGUUUCUAUUGACUGUCAGUGUAUAUAUCUAUAUAUAUAUAUAUAUAUAUAUAUAUAUAUAUAUAUGUAUGUACAUACAUACAUAAGUACACACCUGUAUACACACACAUCUGCUCAUCUUUAUUCGACAGUGAAGAUGUAGCAGUAGUAUUUCACGUAACGUGGUAUUAAUAGUAAUGCCACUACUACUAUUAGUGAUAAUACACCAACUACUGCUGCUGAUACUAUCACUGCUACUACAACUUGUAAUACUAGUACAAAUGCUGAUACCACUUCUACUACUAUAAUGGCUAUUUAUACUACUACUGCUGCUUGAACUUUUGGUAUUACCAUUACUGCUGCGUGUAUUUUUAGUAUUACUACUACUGCUUGUGCAGCUAUACUACAGCUACUAAUAAUCGUCUGGUAUUUGGUUGUCCAGCUGUUAUCUUGCAUUAGUGUUUUGCUAGCGGCUAACUAGUUAGCUCUCAUAGACUCUCAACAAGAUUUAACAAUGAAAAAAGAGCCAAAAACUAUUCUUACCAAUGGAAAGUUAUUCCAACUCUCUUUGUCUCCAUCGUUCGAUGUAGUGUGCAAUUAAAUGCAGCUCAAUGAGCCGGCAUUGUUCUUGUUUUAGUUUUCGCCUCGUACACACCAAUGGAAAAUGCUGAAAUUUUACCCCCACUAUCUUACUGUCUCCGUAGGCACGCCGCUCUGAGGGGCAUGUCGUAUCUACUCUUCAUAUCUAUGAUUGUAAUGCCCUGCUCUCUGGUCUUCCCAAAAAGAAUAUUUUAAAUCUCCAGUUAUUAUAAAACUCAGCCGCACGCGUGCUGACGAGGACCAGAGGGCGGGAACACAUUACACCAGUUUUAAAGUCGCUGCAUUGGCUCCCUGUCUGCUUCAGGAUCGAUUUUAAGGUUCUUUUAUUAGUUUUUAAAUGUCUUAACGGUCUUGUGCUUUCUUAUUUGUCUCAACUUCUUUUACCAUAUCAACCCUCAUGGAUCCUGAGGUCCUCUGGCAGCGGCCUUUUAAUUAUACCACAAGCCAGAACUAAAACCCACGGUGAGGUGGUAUUUAGCCACUAUGGCCCCCGCCUGUGGAACAGCCUGCCGGAAAACCUCAGGACUGCAGAGACUGUUGAUGUUUUUAAAGGAAGGUUAAAAACGCAUCUUUUUAAUCAGGCUUUUAAUUAACUUUUUCAUUCCUUCUUAUGUUCUUAGAAUUACUCAUCCAUUACGUAUCUUUAUUACUUUAACUGUUCAUUUUAUUCAUCUUAUUGUACAGCCCCUUUAUUUUAUUUGUUAAAAUUAUUAUUAUUAUUAUUUUUCUUUAACUCCAGUCUUUCCUCAGGGGGUCCUCCUCACUGGCUGCAGCAUCUGGUCUGUUGCUGGGGGUGCUGUCCACGGGUCCCUUCGCCCCGGUUGGACGGGGGGUUUCCUACCUCAGUGUGGGGGUCCCCCUGUCUGUCGGGGUCUGGGGGGUCCACGUGCCGGCACCCCCGGCGGUCAUGGCCAUUAGGUGAAGCACUUUGCAGUGCGAUUUUGUCGGAUGAAAAGUGCUAUACAAAUAAAGAUUGGUUGAUUGAUUGAUUGAUUAAACGUGGAGAUGCAGCUGCAGGUGAGACCGUUGUUGUCAUGGUUACAGUGACGCUGUGUUGCGAUCUGGCAGUGAUACAGAAAUCUUUAACAAAUCCGUGGAUCCAGACUAUACGCGGCAUCACUGCGAAAAUGUGAUCACUUGGUCCUUGAGUCAUUUCCGACCUCUGAAAAUUUCAUCUAAAUCCAAUUGUUUGCUUUUUGAAUAAUGUUACUGACAGAGAUAGACGAAGGAUAAACGGACGAUCUUCACAGUAACUUUGCCGCGUUCCUUGGUGGAGUGAAAAUAAAUGGUGCUUCCGGGCAUCCAGAUAGGUCAACACAGCGUCCUGGGUUGGAUUCCAGCUCACGGCUCUUUACUGCAUGUCUUCCCCCCCAUUCUGGUCCCUGCUUUCCUGUCUGCCUCUCCACUCUGACUAUCAAAGAAGCCAAAAAAAACCCCACAAAAAUAACUUUAAAAAAAUAAAGAAAUUAAACACAGGGUUUUCUUGCACUGUAACUGUUUACAUAUUUGUAUUUCAGAAUAAACAGUGCAAAUGAUGUUAAAAGGUGAAUCCAUGUCUUUAUCCACGUCUUUUACUGAUUAGUUGCUCCAUGUUGUAGUCAGAUGGAGUACUACCACCACCGACUGACCUUUUUGGUGUUCCUAUAAUCUGUAGUCUGACUUUGUGAAGGCACAUAGCUGAGUUUCUUUCCAGUUAGCUAGAUUGUACCCCGACCCAAAAGCAAAAAAGUUCAGGCUGAGGAUUAUUUUUCACUUUAAGCCCUGUAUAUUGCUCUGUGUGACAAAGUGAGAGUUAACUGUUGAUGUUGAUCCACAGAGUGGAGCAGCAGAACUCAGAGGUUCCCAGAGAUCAGUCUGUCCAGCAGCAUCACCUGGACUCCAUAUUCAUGUUGCUGGAGGACAACAUGGUGACUUUUGUGAAGAAGGAGCUGAAGAAGAUGCAGAAGCUUGUGAGUCCAGAUUACCCAGAAUACUCCUCAGAGAGUCAGAGGGAGGAUGAGGAGGAGUUGGAGGGUGAUGAUGAAGAUGAGAGGAGGAGCAGCAGAGAGAUGUUUGAGCAGAUCACAGUGUUGUUCCUGAGGAGGAUGAAGCAGGAGAAGCUGGCUGACUGUCUGCAGAGCAAACUUGCUGCUGGAGUUUGUGGACGUGAACUUAAACUUGGUCUGAAGAAGAAGUUCCAGAGAGUGUUUGAGGGCAUCGCUAAAGCAGGACAGAAGACUCUCCUGAAUGAGAUCUACACAGAGCUGUACAUCACAGAGGGAGGGACUGCAGAGGUCAAUGAUGAACAUGAGGUCAGACAGAUUGAAGCAGCAUCCAGGAAAGCAGACAGAGCAGAAAGAAGCAUCAGAGCAGAAGACAUCCUGAAAGGCUCACUUGGAAGAGAUGGACCAAUCAGAACAGUGAUGACACUGGGAGUGGCUGGCAUCGGGAAAACAGUGUUAACACAGAAGUUGACUCUGGACUGGGCUGAAGACAAAAGCAACCAGGACAUCCACUUCAUGUUUCCAUUGACUUUCAGAGAGCUGAAUGUGGUGAAAGAGAGAAAGUUCAGCUUGGUGGAACUUGUUCAUCACUUCUUCAGUGAAACCAAAGCAGCAGGAAUGUGCAGCUUUGAAGACUUCCAGGUUUUGUUGAUCUUUGACGGUCUGGAUGAGUGUCGCCUUCCUCUGGAUUUCCACAACAAUGAGGUCCUGACUGAUGUUAGAGAGUCCACCUCAGUGGAUGUGCUGCUGACAAACCUCAUCAGGGGGAAGCUGCUUCCCUCUGCUCGCCUCUGGAUAACCACACGACCUGCAGCAGCCAAUCAGAUCCCUCCUGACUGUGUGGACAUGGUGACGGAGAUCAGAGGGUUCACCGACCCACAGAAGGAGAAGUACUUCAGGAAGAGAUCCAGAGAUGAGGAGCAGGCCAGCAGCAUCAUCUCCCACAUGAAGAAGUCACGAAGCCUCCACAUCAUGUGUCACAUCCCAGUGUUCUGCUGGAUCACUGCUACAGUUGUGGAGGAGCUGCUGAGAAGCAGAGAGGGAGGAGAUCUGCCCAGAACCUUGACUGAGAUGUUCAUCCACCACCUGGUGGUUCAGGCCAAAGUCAAGAAGGUCAAGUAUGAUGGAGGAGCUGAGACAGAUCCACACUGGAGUCCAGACAGCAGAAGGAUGAUUGAGUCUCUGGGAAAACUGGCUUUUAAUCAACUGCAGAGAGGAAACCUGAUCUUCUAUGAGUCCGACCUGAAAGAGUGUGGCAUCGAUGUGGAAGCAGCCUCAGUGUACUCAGGAGUGUUCACACAGAUCUUUAAAGAGGAGAGAGGGCUGUACCAGGACAAGGUGUUCUGCUUCGUCCAUCUGAGCAUUCAAGAGUUUCUGGCUGCUCUUCAUGUCCAUCAGACCUUCAUCAACUCUGGAAUCAACCUGCUGGAAGAACAACAACAACAAACAAUAUCCUGGUGGUCUGGACUGUUCAGAGAGAAACGUGAUCCAACAGGUUUCUACCAGAGAGCUGUGGACGAGGCCUUACAGAGUCCAAAUGGACACCUGGACUUGUUCCUGCGCUUCCUCCUGGGUCUGUCACUGCCAACCAAUCAAAAUCUCCUACGAGGCCUGCUGACACAGACGGGAAGUAGCUCACAGACCAAUCAGGAAACGGUGGAGUACAUCAAGAAGAAGAUCAGUGAGAAUGUGUCUGUAGAGAGAAGCAUCAAUCUGUUCCACUGUCUGAAUGAACUGAAGGAUGUUUCUCUAGUGGAGGAGAUCCAAUGGUCCCUGAGAUCAGGACGUCUGUCCACAGACAAACUGUCUCCUGCUCAGUGGUCAGCUCUGGGCUUCAUCUUACUCUCAUCAGAAGAACAUCUGGACGUGUUUGACCUGAAGAAAUACUCUGCUUCAGAGGAAGCUCUUCUGAGGCUGCUGCCAGUGGUCAAAGCCUCCAAGAAAGUUGUACUGAGUGGCUGUAAUCUGUCAGAGAGAAGCUGUGGAGCUCUGUCCUCAGUUCUCAGCUCCCAGUCCUCCAGUGUGACAGAGCUGGACCUGAGUCACAACAACCUGCAGGAUUCAGGAGUGGAGAGUCUUUCUGCUGGACUGGAGAGUCCACACUGUAAAUUGGAAGCUCUCAGGCUGUCAGGCUGUCUGGUCACAGAGGAAGGCUGUGCUUCUCUGGCCUCAGCUCUGAGCUUGAAGACCUCAAAUCUGAGAGAGCUGGACCUAAGCUACAACCAUCCAGGAGACUCAGGAGAGAAGAUGCUGAGAGCAAAAGUGGAGGAUCCACACUGUAGACUGGAAACUCUCAGGGUGACGCCUGCUGGAGUCCAAUGGUUGACACCAGGUCUGAGGAAGUAUUCUUGUCAACUCACAGUCGACACAAACACAGUAAACAGAAACCUCAAACUGUCUGACAACAACAGGAGGGUGACACAUGUGAAGGAGGAUCAGUCGUAUCCUGGUCAUCCAGACAGGUUUGAUCGGUAUCAUCAGCUGCUGUGUAGAACUGGUCUGACUGGUCGCUGUUACUGGGAGGUGGAGUGGAGAGGAUGGGUUCAUAUAUCAGUGAGUUACAGAGGAAUCAGAAGGAAAGGAAACAGUGAUGACUGUUGGUCUGGACGUAAUGAUCAGUCCUGGAGUCUGAUCUGCUCUGAUGAUGGUUACUCUGUCAGACACAAUGACAGUGAAACAUCCAUCAAUUCCUCCUCAGUCUCUCACAGAGUUUCAGUUUAUGUGGACGUUCCUGCUGGAACUCUGUCCUUCUACAGAGUCUCCUCUGACUCUCUGAUACACCUCCACACCUUCAACACCACAUUCACUGAAACUCUCUAUCCUGGUUUUAGGGUCUUCUGGUCCAGGUCUGGUUCCUCAGUGUUUCUGUGCUGAGUUGAGUCUCCAGAGUUUCCUCCUGCAGAGAAACAGUGUUGAACAGAUAGUUGAGUCUCUCCAUGACUCUGUCCCUCACAAACAUGUUUUCACAUUCAUGGAUUAAAUGUGUUUCUUUGUCAAAUCCUUCUAAAUGAUUCCUUGUAUUGUAUUGUAUUUAUUAUUGUAUUUAUUAUUUCAUUUCAGGCAAGUAUAUACAAUAGAAUCACAUUUUAUGCAUACAGAUAUAUUAUUUCCAUCCAGCAUCUACAAAGCUACAGUAGGUAUUACAUGCAGUAGGUUCUGAUGCCUGAAAGGGAGUGGGAGGAAGAAAACCUAUUUAAUCCCACCCCCAUCCCCUUUGCUUAAAUUCAAAAUUUUCACUUCCUAUAAAUAAAGAAAAGGAAUUCAAAAUAAACUAGUUAUCUAUAAACAUAAGUUAUGCAUUAAAUAGGCAAUGCAUGACAAGUAUUGAAACUUAGUGGGAUUAACCAUAGAUAAUAGCAAAACAGUUAAAUAGCAACAACAGUUACAUACCAACGAUGGUAAGGAAUUAUACAUACCAAAAGGUAUGGCACAGGAUUUAGAGUAGUGAUUGUAUGAAUAAAUGCAUACAUAAGCAUACAAACAUGCAUACAUCUACAUAUCCAUAUAUACACACAUGUAUGUCAACAAUGGACAAUAUACCAACGACAGUAAGGAAACAACAAGACACACUUGAUAAUACAGGUAAAGAAUCAAGACCCUUUUUCAAUAUACUGUGACCAGACUUUAUAUUGUCGUUUAAAACUAUGAAUACCUUGGCAUUGCUUGUGCUGAAUUUCCAGGCUAUUCCACAGCUUCACUCCACAUACAGACACACAAAACCGUUUACGAGUGUUUUUAGCAUUUGGUAUGAUAAAAUUUCCAAAUCCUCUUAAAUUAUGAACUGUUUCUUUUAUUCUGAAAAACUGUUGUAUGUUUUGUGGCAAAAAAUUGUUGAAUGCUUUAUAUAAGAUUAAUAAUGUAUAUUACAAGAUCUUUAAAUUUUAGCAACUUUGAUUGGAUAAAAAGGUUGUGGGUAUGUUCAAGAAAACCAGCCUUAUGAAUGAUCCGUACAGCUCUUUUCUGUAAUAUGACUAAAGGAUGUAUUGUGCACUGGUAAGUGUUCCCCCACACCUCCACACAAUAUGUGAGGUAUGGGAGUACAAGAGUGCAAUACAGGGUACGUAGAGCAUUUGCAUCAAGACAUCGUUUCACUUUAUUUAUUAUGUAGAGGCAUUUGGAAAUGUUUGCUUUUAUUUGUCGGAUGUGAGCUUUCCAAGAUAGCUUGUUAUCAAUUAUGUCACCUAGGAAUUUAUUUUCACAAACAUUUUCGAUCUCAAUACCAUCAAUACUUAUCCGCAAAUCUGAGUUUGCUGAAAGGUUUCCGAAGGUCAUCACUUUAGUUUUAUUUACAUUUAGAGAUAAUUUAUUUAUAUCCAUCCAUCUUUUAAUUUCAUUGAGUUCCCUGUUCAAAGUACGGACUAGCUCAUUAUAAUCAUUACUGCUAUAGAAUAUGUUUGUGUCGUCAGCAAAAAGAAUUAGUUUUAGUGAUUGAGAAACAUUAAAGAUAUCAUUUAUAUACAAGUUAAACAGUUUUGGUCCUAAAACGGACCCCUGGGGGACACCGCAAACAAUGCCAAGGUGUUCAGAUUGACACUGUCCGAUUUUUACGUAUUGUACCCUUCCUAUUAAGUAACUUUUAAUCCAGUCCCCGGCUACACCUCAGAUUCCAUAUAAUUCCAGUUUCUUUGAUAGGAUAUCAUGAUUGAUUGUAUCAAAAGCUUUCUUAAGGUCGAUAAAGACUCCAACUGCAAUUUUUUUCUGAUCUAGUGCAUUGGUUAUUUCUUCAGUGGCUUCUAUCAGUGCCAUUGUACUGGUUCUGUUGGUUCUAAAACCAUACUGACCUUCAUUUAUUAAUUUAUGUUUAUUAAGGAACACUUCAAGGCGAGAUGCAAAGAGUUUUUCAAGGAUUUUUGAAAAUUGUGGUAAAAUGGAGAUGGGCCUGUAAUUUGUGUAGCUGUGUUCGUUAUCAUUUUUAAAUAUCGGGACUACUUUUGCAAUUUUCAUUUUGUCCGGAAAACAGCCCAACUGAAAAGAUAAAUUAUAAAUAUAAGUCAACGGUUUUGCAAUAUUCAGAAUUACUUUUUUCACUAAAAACAUGUCAAUGUUGUCACAAUCAGUUGAAAACUUACUUUUGCAUUUUAGGACAAUAUUUAUCACUUCCUGCUCAUCUGUUGCUGAGAGAAAUAAUGACAACGGAUUGUGUUUUAUAAGGUUAGAUUCAAUGGUACCACGGUUUUGGAUUCUGGCAGCCAACUCAGGGCCGACAUUCACAAAAGAUUCAUUGAAGCCAUUUGCAAUAUUUGCCAUAUUGCGAGUUUCACUGUUUUUAUCAACAAAGUAAUCCGGAUAUGUUGACUUAGAAGAGUCUUUUUUGAUUAAGCUAUUGAGAACAUUCCAGGUUUCUUUCAUAUUGCUUCUAUUUUCAUUUAAUUUUUUCUUGGAAUAUAAUUCUUUGCUUUUUCUUAUGUCUGUUAAUUUAUUUCUGUACAUCUUAUAUUUUUGUUCCGCUUCAUUCGUUUUUGAUUUAAUAAAUAGUUUAUAUAGAUUAUUUUUCUUUUUACAAGCAUUAAUUAUUCCUUUUGUAAGCCAAGGUCUUUGAUUAUAUUUUGCACUUAUGCAAAAUUCUUUUUUUGGGCAGUAUUUAUCAUACAAAGAAAGAAAUAUGUCUAAAAAUUUACCGUAUGCGCUGUCCACAUGCUGUUCAUUGUAGACUGCGCUCCAGUCCUGAUGUGCUAGACUACUGUUAAGGUUAUUGAUCGAGUCCUCACUUCUCGCUCGUUUAGCAAUGAUUUCCGUAGGAUGGUUUAUGUUGAUAAAUUCACAGGCGUACAGAGUAAAAACUGGUAAGUGAUCAGAAAUAUCAGAAAUAAACAGGCCACUAGUUGUAUUAUUUGGUAAUAUAUUGGUGAAGAUAUUGUCAAUAAUUGUGGCACUCUGAGAUGUUAUUCUACUUGGUUUAGUUAUUGUUGGAUGUAAAGACAAACUGUACAUGGUGUCCAUGAAGUUCUCAACAUUAAUUUGUUUAGUUGGAUUUAAAAGGUCUAUGUUGAAAUCUCCGCAAAUGAACAGUGUUUUUUGAUUUACUGAUGAAAACAGCUUAUCCAUCAUUUCACUAAAUAUAUCAAUAUUAGUGCCUGGUGUUUGAUAUACACAGCUAACAAUAAUAUUUUUCUUUUUUUCAUUAUGGCUUUCUACUGUUAGACAUUCCAUUAUGCCUUCUACAGCAAACGUCAUGCUUUCGACAACAACAAAUUUGAUAGAAUGGUGAACAAAAAGAGCAACUCCACCCCCAAUUUUGUCAUUUCUGUUUACAUAUCUCAGUUGAUAGCCAUUUAAAGUAAAGUCCAUUCCUCUAACACUGUUACCCCAAGUUUCUGAUAUUGCAAUAAUGCUGAAAGGGUGGGUGAAACAUUUUAAAAAAUCUCUAAUUGAAUCAAAGUUAGCAUAUAGGCUUCGACUGUUAAAAUGUAUAAUAGACAGUCUGCCUUUAGUGUCUAUAUUACUUUCAUAUUGCUCUUGCGUAAAAUAAUUACAUUCAUUCACCACAGAAGAAAAGAAAAUAUCAGGAUCAAUUUCUGUUGUCGGGUUGAUUGUGCUGUAGUUCUGGCAUUCGUAUGUUUCCAGCUCCAACUGCUGAUGAUGUAGAAUUCUCUGUAAUGUGUCCAUGUCCAUUUUUGGUGCAGUCAAUGUAUGUUGUGUAUUGUGCAUUUUGUGAAGUGGAGAGUCUCAUUUUACCUUAGCUGUCGGUGCAUUGAUGUGAGUUGAACUUAUUGAGCUCGUCCAUGGUUCUCACCACCAACACCUUGGCUUCUUCAGGACUCCCAUUUAGUUUGAUGAAGAUUUUACAGUUUGUAAUCCAAGUGUGUUGUAUCUUUCCUUGUUUUUUGAGUUGUCUUGCCUUUCGUGUUAUUUCUGCAUUCCUUCUUGUUAACUGCUCAUUGAUAAAUACAUCUGUCUCUUUGAGUUUU